AUGACAGCUGGAGAAUCCUCUAAGAAGCCAGCAUCCGAUCCAAUGCUCCUGAGCAAGAAGCAGAUAAAGAAGGAAGAGGAGAGGCUGACCACAGAGCUGCAACUAAUGACCAAGGAAAGAAAUGACCUGAAAGACCGGCUGAUGAUCCUCACUGAAGGAGCCGUGGACAAUAGUCCCUACAAGAAUCACAAGCCAAAUGCUUUGUAUGAGAAGGUAAAGUUGGUUCACAAACAGAUCAUGAUGGAGCUAAAUAAUUUCGAGAAUGAGAACACUGAGACCUUAGAGAAUUUCAAGGAGCUGAGCAAGGAGACAGUCUUCUAUCGGGAUCUGCACAGCCGACUGCUGAUGGAAAGGACUCAGCUAAAGAAGAAGGUGGACGAGCUGAGGCAGGAGGAAAGGAAAUUGCAGAAUGAUUGGACUGUGUUGAAGUACCACCUGGAGGAUGUGAAAUCGAUCCAUAAUGACCAAGAAGAAGAGAUGAGAUACCUCAAAAUACAGCAACAACAGGAGCUCAAGAGAUUGGAAGAAAGCUUUCAGUUCCUGCAGAAGCAGAGGGAAAUGGUCAUGCAGGAAAAGCACUUGGUCAAAAAGCUGCAGCAUCACUUUCAGGUCACUCAGAUGAGGUCCGAAGCUCUGCAGACUCAUCUGGAACAGGCCACAAUCAAGGACGAGAGCCACCUGCGGAAGAAUCCCCAGCAAGAACCACGUGCUGAGUCCCAUUCCCAGCAAUACUGA